UUGGUCAUAAAAUAUCGUACUAACUACAAAAACAUCAGUAAAUAAUAAAAAUAAUGAUAUUUCUGCCAGUAUUGGUAUUAAUAAAUGUUUAUUGGUGUAUUUGGCAAACAAUGAAAACUAAAACAACUUAAAUCAAACUAGUCGUUAUCUAUUUAUUGAAGCUUUUGUACUUAGUUCGGGUUUUUUUGACUAAAACCAAAAAGUUGAAUACCUAUCUCAGAAACUAUCAAGUCACUUUCGGACCAAGGUCCCCCUAUACUUAUUAUACUCUUUGGACCUCAGGAAUAAUUUUGUAGGAAAUAAUUUGUAUAAUCACAACGAGAGUAAUACGUCGAAUUACAAGUCACUCUGUAGAAAGGUACCUAUCAAAAUCUUUAUUGAUCCAAUGUAUGUAGAAGAAAGUAUCUAGACCGUACCUAGUAUACAAAUGGCUCCCAUACAACAAUAGAGAUAAAAUUGUGACCAUGUGAAUUUGAAUUUUAAUAUAGCUACACCUACAUCAGACAAAUCUCGCUCCUAAAAUAAUAUAAUUUUUAUAUAAUUGCUGUGUGUGCGUGUGGUUUCUAAACUGGCGAUUAAAACGUCAAAUGAUAUUUUGCGACUUGUUUAUGUGAACUUUGUACAUUUUCAUAGUCUUCGAAUUAGAAUUUCGAUACGGAUAAGACAGCAAAAAUGUCAUUAAAUAAACUAGUAGGUGGAGACUGUGGGGGGAAUAAUUCUUUAGUGCAACUAUCGAAUAUUGUGCGUCGUGAUGCUGGUCUACCACAACCACUCUCACAAGCUGACAGGUUUGUUAACGAAUUCAUGGCACAGAAUUCGCAGACACCACAAACCUUUAAUAUGAAUACUCUUCUCAACAAUUUGCCUCAAGACAAAACUGUUAAAACUACGCCUGGUCCCUCAACAUCGUCUUACGUUCCAAAUGUCAAUACCCACAUGAACAGAUCAUGGACAGCAGGUCCGUCUCCUUCAUAUAUGACACACAGUGUAAUGCCCAGUUAUCCCAUGAUGCAGCAACCAAUGCUACUCCCGCAUGCUAGGACAAUGCAUCCACAUUUACAAUUUAUCACUGAAGCUGAACUUGCAAACAUGUCAAGCGCUGAUGUUCAAGCUAAAGCUCAAGAGUUUGUUAACACUAUAAAGAAUGACAAUGAAGUGGAAUAUAAUGAAUUCAUGUCCUUUAUGAAAAAAGUAAGUGCUGGAGAAAUUCGCUUAACCGAAGAUCCUGGCCUAGAUCAGACAGAAAGGAAAAUGAGCAAAGAGGACAUAUUAGAGGAAAUGAAUGAAAAAUACAAAGAAGAGUGGGAUAAACUUAGUGAUGUUAAUAAUUACUGGGACUCUGAAGCUGCAAAUGGGAUUGCUAAAGAAUAUGCCUUCUCUGAAGGUAAUGUUAUGUUGGAAAAUAAAAGUGCUUUAGAAAUUGGUAAGGAAAAAUUGAAAAUGGGUGAUGUUCCUGGAGCUGUCUUGUGUUUCGAAGCUGCUGUACAACAGCAACCUGAUUCAGCUGAGGCCUGGUUCCUUCUUGGUACAACACAAGCUGAAAAUGAACAAGAUCCUUGGGCUAUAACAGCUUUGAAAAAAUCUUUACAAAUUGAUCCUACACAACUGGAAGGAUAUAUCACAUUGGCAGCAGCAUAUACCAAUGAAAACAUGCCGAAACAUGCUUACAUCUCUUUACUUAAUUGGCUAAAGGCCAGUCCAAAAUAUUCUGAUCUUGUGCCUCAAGAUAUAGAUCCAAUGAAAUUGGAUGUCAAGGAGUUGGAGCGUCAUGUAAAGUCAUUGUAUCUUAAAGCAGUGCAUACAAAUGCUGAUGAAAUUGACCCAGAUGUCCAGAAUGCUAUGGGUGUAGUGUUCAAUAUCAGUCAGGAAUAUGACAAAGCUGUAGAUUGUUUCCAGACAGCUUUGAUGGUAUCAAAUGAUAAUGCAAAACUUUGGAACAGAUUAGGAGCCACUUUGGCAAACAGCGACAAGUCAGAGCAAGCUGUAGAUGCUUAUCGCCAUGCCUUGGGUUUGGAACCUGGAUUUAUACGCGCCAGAUACAAUGUUGGAAUCACCUGUAUGAAUUUAGGAGCUCACAAAGAGGCUGCAGAGCAUUUCUUAGUGGCACUCAACCAGCAACAUAAAGCUAAGAGCAUGUUUCCAGAGUCGGCUGCUACUGACACUAGUUCUUCAACAAUUUGGACAACUUUGAGGAUGGUGUGUGCCUUUAUGGGAGAACAUGAUCUUGCAACUUUAAUUGAUGAGAGGAACUUGACUGAACUGAAUAAAGCAUUUCAGAUAGAAUAAAGUUAAGCAUUUGGAGUUGGGGAAUGAGUUUCUAUUGUUUUGUAAAUAAAUAUUCUAUUAGACAUUUACAUAUAAAAUGUAUCCAAUUUAAAUAUAAAGUUAGUCACUGAAUUACUAAAUCUUCGAUACUUUCCAUAUUAUUUUGUAAUUUUACAAAUUGGGUGAUACUAUUUAAUUUAAUGGAAUGGGACUGAAAAUGAAUAAACAUUUUUUUAUUUUUC